AUGGUUCUAAGCACUCUCAGAGAAAAUCAGCUAUAUGCUAAGCUGUCCAAGGGUGAGUUUUGGGAAGAAGAAGUAAAGUUCUUAGGACACGUGGUUAAGGCUUACGGGAUAGCAGUCGAUCUAGCAAAAGUGGAAGCAAUAUUUAAGUGGGAGCAGCCCACUACAGUUACCGAGGUUCGAAGUUUCCUCGGCAUGGCAAGAUACUACAGGCGCUUCAUCAAGGAGUUCUCCCGGAUCGUGCGGCCACUCACCCAACUGAUGAAGAAAAACAACCAAUUUAAAUGGGAUGAGAACAUAGAAACGGCUUUCCAGGAGCUAAAAAUGAGACUGACUUCUGCACCAGUACUCACUCUUCUGCAAGAAGGAGAAACGUUCGUAGUAUACAACGACACUUCGAAGAUGGGUCUGGGCUGUGUUCUGAUGCAGAACAAUAGGGUGAUCGCUUACGCUUCUCACCAGUUGAAAAAGCACGAGGAGAAUUACUCGACGCAUGACCUAGAGUUGACUGUUGUAGUCUUCGCUCUAAAAAUAUGUAGGCACAAUCUCUAUGAGGAGGACUUCCAGUUAUUCUACGACCACAAGAUUCUAAAAUACAUAUUCACUUAG